AAUUUCAAAAAAUUUUGUAAAAAUGGCCGCCAAUAACCAGACCCUUUUCGUAGUUUCUCUUGUGAUCUUCUGGUAUUCGUCGAAUAUUGGCGUUCUUCUCCUCAACAAGUUUCUGCUCUCCAAUUAUGGAUUCAGAUUCCCAAUUUUCCUUACAAUGUGCCACAUGUCGGCGUGCGCCAUUCUCAGCUACUUCUCCAUUGUUCUGUUCAAGGUUGUGCCUCUCCAGAUGCUCAAGUCGAGGUCCCAAUUCCUCAAAAUUGCGACUCUCAGCCUCGUCUUCUGUGGCUCGGUGGUCGGCGGCAAUGUCUCCCUCCGCUACCUCGCCGUCUCCUUCAACCAGGCCGUCGGUGCAACGACUCCGUUUUUUACCGCUCUGUUUGCCUAUUUGAUGACCCUUAAGAGGGAGGCUUGGAUCACUUAUGCUGCUCUUGUUCCUGUUGUUGCUGGGGUUGUGAUCGCUAGCGGGGGUGAGCCAGGAUUUCACUUGUUCGGAUUUAUUAUGUGCAUAAGUGCAACUGCUGCAAGAGCCUUCAAGUCUGUUCUUCAGGGUAUCCUAUUAUCGUCUGAAGGGGAAAAGUUGAACUCAAUGAAUUUGCUGUUGUAUAUGUCCCCAAUUGCAGUUCUAGCCUUGUUACCUGUAGCACUUAUUAUGGAACCAAAUGUUUGGGAUGCUACUUUAUCACUUGGAAGGGAUCAUAAAUUCAUGUGGCUUCUUCUUCUAAUAAAUUCAGUCAUGGCUUAUUCAGCAAACCUGUUGAAUUUCUUGGUUACUAAACAUACAAGCGCACUGACACUCCAAGUCUUGGGCAAUGCAAAAGGAGCGGUAGCCGUUGUCAUCUCCAUUCUUCUGUUUAGAAAUCCCGUCACAGUCAUCGGAAUUGGUGGUUACACAAUAACAGUUCUCGGAGUUGUCGCGUAUGGAGAAGCCAAACGGAGGUAUAGAUGAUUGAAAUUGUAUGGAGAAGCAAGGGUAUGGAAUCACCCCGACGAUGACGACGACAAUUUGUUAUUUUGCGAUUAUCAGAGUGAUAUGAAGAAGGAUUGGAGAUUGUUUAUUAGAAAGAUAGGAAAGCCAGACGGUUGAGUAAUAAUUCUUUUUGUGUUCCUUUUGUAGAAAAUAUUGUGCCUUUGUUCAAUUAGCAAGUAAGCUGAGUUUUUUUAUCACCUCAUCAGUCACCAGAAAGAAUAUUUGGUUCAUAUUUGAUUGGCCUCUGUAGAGGGCUGUUUAUUCUUCA